UUCCACGCCUUUUUCCUGCUUUUCAAAAAGCAAACCAAACACAUACAUACACUCUCAGAUUAACCUCCAAUUUUUCCAAAUCUGCCUACUUGCACCAUCAUAUUCAUCAUCAUCAUCGAAGCAUUCUAUCAUGUUAAAUUCAAUAUCAAAUCUACCGAAUUAGUUCAAUUUGCGACUGUUUACAGUGAUAUACUGAUAUAUAACACGAAGCAUGACGAGGAUGGGGCGUGAUUUCAGCUAUACAACUCAAAGAGAUGCAGUUUCCCCAGUGUCGGCAGAUGUUAUAUUUGCCUCUAGUCGAUUUCCAAAUUACAAAAACCGAGCUAACACUUUGGAGGAUGCAAAGUUAGUUUCUAUGAAGCAAGAAUUCCGAAAUGAGACUGCCCAGUUGCUAGAUCAGCAAAACCGCCUCUCUGUUCGUGAUCUUGCCAGUAAGUUUGAGAAGGGUUUAGCCGCUGCUACUAAGUUGUCAGACGAGACUAAACUCCAAGAUGUUGCUUCUUUAGAGAAACACGUGCUUAUCGAAAAUCUUAGAGACGCGCUUGAAUCCUUGAGAGGGCGUGCUGUUGGUAAGAACAAGGAUGACGUGGAGGAAGCUAUUGCUAUGGUUGAAUCUUUAGCGUUUCAAUUGACUCAGAGGGAAAGUGAGUUGGUUCAAGAGAAGGCUGAGGUUAAGAAGCUUGCAAGUUUUCUGAAGCAGGCAUCAGAAGAUGCAAAAAAACUUGUUGAUGAAGAACGAGCUUUUGCAAGGACCGAAAUCGAGAAGGCUAGAGCUGCAGUUCAGAGAGUGGAAGAGGCUCUUCAAGAGCAAGAAAGGAUGUCCCGAGCUGCUGGGAAGCAGGAUGUGGAAGAGCUAAUGAAGGAGGUUCAGGAAGCUAGAAGGAUCAAGAUGUUGCAUCAGCCUAGUAAGGUUAUGGACAUGGAUCAUGAGCUCCAAGCAUUACGUACUCAACUAGCAGAGAAGUCUAAGUCUUCAGUUAAGCUCCAAAAAGAGUUGGCAAUGUGCAGGCGGGGAGAGAUAGAUACACCCGACAUCUUUGAAUUAGAUGGUGCAGAGUCAUUAGGUUCUUAUUUGGAGAUCCAUCAAUGUUCUGAUACAGCUCCAGAACUUCUACAAUGUUCUAUCCAGUGGUAUCGUUUGGCAUCCGAAGAUGGCAAAAAGUGCCUUAUUUCAGGUGCCACCAAACCUAUUUAUGCUCCUGAACCCUCUGAUGUUGGCCGAGUACUUCAAGCUGACAUCAUCUCAGACGGGCUCAGUGUCACGCUGACAACAUCUGGUCCCAUUGAUCCUGCUGCAGGACUAGGAAACUACGUGGAAGCAUUGGUGCGCCGGCAUGACACCGAAUUUAAUGUGGUUAUUGUCCAAAUGAAUGGGGCGGACCAUCCUUCAGAGUCGAUUCAUGUACUUCACGUGGGAAAGAUGAGGAUGAAACUUUGCAAGGACAAGACGACAGUCGCCAAAGAAUACUACUCGUCGUCAAUGCAGUUGUGUGGGGUUAGAGGUGGUGGUAAUGCGGCAGCUCAGGCAGCAUUCUGGCAACCAAAGAUAGGGCUCUCGUUUGUGCUGGCGUUCGAAUCAGAACGAGAGAGAAAUGCUGCCAUUAUGCUGGCUCGUAGAUUCGCUUUCGAUUGUAAUAUCAUGCUUGCUGGCCCCGAUGAUCGAGCAACCCAGAAAACGACUUAACAGGCAAAACUCGUUCGUUUCCUUAGGAUUUGUAAUUAUUUCGAGCAUCUUACGUGUUGUAAUGGUAUGUGUAUGUUUGUCAUGUUGAGGCUUGUAUUGCUGCUUGAUUGCUACAAUAUUUGUUUUGUUAUCAUUUUGUAGGCAUCCUUUUAUUUGCCCUUUUUAUACGUUUGAUUGUAACAAGUUUUAUUUAAAAAAAUUAUGAACUUAUACAUUAGUGUAAUUUUGUGCUAUGGUUA